AUGGAGAUGGGGAUUCAUGACAUAAUGAUUAAAAUAAGACUUUUACCUUUUACUAAUCGAAUAGUCUAUAAAUUAACGAUUUCCAAGUUUAUGCAAAUAUGGUUUAGAAUAUAAAUAUAGAAAUAAAACACUUGCAAUCAACUAGUAAUCUUGGUGGAGAUUUACUUUCUACAUCGUAGUCUAGGAGAGUCAGUAGAGGAUCUUAGUAGGAAAGAAGAGGAUGAAGAUCUUCUUCGAUAGCCAGGUACAUUUGAUGAAUUUUAGAUACUAGUAAAUAACAACAAAAAUUUUAAUAGGACACCCUUGAUUAAAAUUAAUAGUGAUUUCAGAAGGUAAAGUGACAGGUGUCUGACAGGAAAAGGUAAUUCAAGAGAUUUAAUUGAACAGCGUAUCGAAAUAAUUGAUUUCAAGAGAAAUUAUAAUAAAUCUGAAAUCGUAUUAUUGUUAAAGAAAAAACUAAUGUAACUUUCAAUCCAAAUCUAUUUGCAAUAUAAAAAAGCUGAAAUCGAUAGGGUGAAAAGCUUGAUAAUGAAUCAUAAAAUAAGAAUAAAGAAGAUAAAUAGCAAGAAAAAAUAGAAAAGUAGGAAUUUAGUGCUUGCAAAUUUUAAGUCUGAUGGCUAUCAAAGUUAAGAGGCUAAAUUUUAAGAUAAAAAAGGCAAAGCUACUCACUAAGGAUUUGAUAACCUAGAAUGGAAUAAAGAAAAAACUUAAUCAAUAAAACUACCGCCAAUCUAGAAAGUCUCUAAUUCAGGAAGAAGAAUGAGUACAAUAGUUAUUUAAAAGCUUGGUAAUGAUAAAAAUAAUAAAGAUCAAUAAUAAGACACUCAAAUUUUUUAGUUUAGCCCUAGAAGAAAAGAGUCUUUUAGUUCUAAUAAUAGCAAUGAGAGAAGUUCAAUUAAUUCUGAUGUGAAUGAAUAGUUCUAUUAAGAGAACAAAAGUGCUAUAAAGUUAGCUUUAGCCAAUCUUAUUCAUUCAAAAUUUGAAGAAAGUAGUAAACUUUUGUCAUAAAUUAAAGCAGAGGAAGAAGAAGAGGAGGAGGAAAAAUAUUAUUAAUAUAAGAAACCUAAAGUGCCAGAUAAAUUAGACUCAAAGAGGCAAACUUUUGAUUAAAAGAAAAACAUUCAGUCUAUGAUAGCAUAGGCAAAGAAAAAGUAAGAGGCUCGAAGGCAUUCUUAAAGAGUUUUCCCAUCACUUCUGAUGAGUACCACUCAUUGUAUAACUCUUAAUGAAAGUCGAAUAACCUAAGGAAAUAGUAAAAGAAGUGGAAACAGGCAUAUUUAGUCUACUUUUCAGAAAACCGCACUCGUAAAGGAUUUCAUGAAGACUAAACAUAUACCAGAGGUACAUUCAAAGUUGAAUAUGAGUGUUAUUUCUAAAAAGGCCCUUGAAGAUUCUGCUAGUUAGCUUCAUACAAGAAGUUAUAAUCAAUUUGGGUAGAUUGGACUUAAAAAAAAUGGAUCUCCUUCAGGUGCAGAUUCGACCUAAGGCAGCUCUCAAUAAUAUUUAAAAGCCGCUUCAGCUCGUCGUAACGCACUUACUUCUGUUAUUAAAACUCAUUUGUAAAGUAAUAAAAAGAAAAAGCACGAACCAGGUAACAUACUAAAGAACUCAUCACAAAAGAAGACAUUCAAGUUCUUCAUCUAAUGCAAGUGCAAGCGGUAGUAAUAGGUAUUUAAAAGUUUGGAUUAAUUCUGGAAUAGUAGAAGUUCCUCAAGUGAUGGAUCAAGAAGUGAUAGAUCAAGGAAAAGAAAGGAUUCUAGGGAGAAUAGUAGGACAAGUUCUCAUAAAAGAUCAAACGAUAGAUAGCGAAGAUCAUCAAUCUCUAGAAAAGAUAAUAAGACAAGUAUUGAGAGAUAAUAAAGGAAAAGCAGAUCUAAUAGUCAUAGAAGAGAUGUAAGAAAUCCUGAAAGAAGUAGAUCAAGAGACAACAAUCGUUAUCGAGACAGCAAAAGAUAUAGAGAUAACAAUAACAAUGACAAUAAAUACAGGCAUCAUCAUAGAAAUUAAUAUGGGAAUCAAAGAAACUAUGAUAGAAGAGAUAGAGACUAAAGUGAGGAAAGGAAAGUUAAGAAAGGCAGAGGCUUUGUGAGAAUGAAUGCGAAUUCUGCUUUGAGAGGAUGGGAAGAUGAAGAUUUUCAAAAGAAUGAGAAAAAACUAAAGGAUCUUGCAGAAAGAAUCUCCGGUAAAAAUAGGCAAUAAAAAUAAGCAGAAGUUGAAAUUCCUAAGAAUGUCGAAGAAAUUGUUACUGAAAAAGAGAAAAUAGACUCAAGAGGCUCAAGCGUUGAAAGACUGAGAAUGAAAGCAAGUUCAAAGGAAAGAGAUCAAACGAGAUGGAUCCAUGAUAAGCAUAACCAAGAUUCACCUCUAAGAGAUGACAGUAGAUCUAGGUCAAAUUCUUAAUGA